GCGCUAGUAGGAUUCGUCCCGGUGUGAGGCGGUGCUGUCGGCGAUUGCACAGAUGCCUUCACGGACCUCAGCAGAGACUCCUGAACACCUCUUGCGCUCAAAUUACUCCUGGAUUCACCUGACUGGAGAGGAUUGCAUGAAACAGAUCUGAAGUCUAUCGGAUGCGCUCCUCUGGAAUGAGCCCUUGCUGACACCUUCCUGCUGGACUCCGUCAUUGUUUCUGAGUAUAGGAGUGGUUGUUGCAGCAAUCAUGACAGCAUUGUCACUCCCGGUUGGACUGCUGUCCUUCGCUGGACCUGUCAUCUUCCUCCUCCUCUCUCUGCCUCUCGUCACAUCUCAGACGCCAUCACUCCCAGUGACCUUUGACCCCGAGUAUGUGCCCUCUUUGCCUGAAGAGUGCCGGAGAAAAAUGCACCCCGUUACCUCCUACACAGCUUUGAGCCCGUGGCUGUCCUCUUUCUCUCUGCCUGGAGUGAACGACUACUCGCCGCUCGCACUCGACCUAACCAGGAACCAGCUGAUAGUGGGAGCCAGGAAUCAUCUCUUCCGGUUGAGUUUGAGCAACGUCUCUCUCCUGCAGGCCACAGAGUGGGCCGUAGACGAGAGCACCAGGAGGUCCUGCCAGAGCAAAGGAAAGACAGAGGAUGAAUGUCAGAACUAUGUUCGUGUCCUCCUGCUGAGCGGCAGUCGUCUGUUCACCUGCGGCACUAAUGCCUUCAUGCCCAUCUGUACGACUCGCCCUGUCACGGACAUCUCCGGCGUCCUGGAGUCCAUCAGCGGAGUGGCCCGCUGUCCCUACGACCCUCGACACAACUCUACAGCCAUGAUCACUGAAAGUGGAGAAGUCUAUGCAGCUACAGUGACUGACUUCUCCAGCCGUGACCCGAUUAUUUACCGCAGUCUUGGGAACAUGCCUCCCCUGCGGACCGCACAAUACAACUCCAAAUGGCUCAACGAGCCUCACUUUGUCUCUGCAUACGAGAUGGGCCGCUUCACGUACCUCUUUCUGAGAGAGAACGCAGUAGAGCAGGACUGUGGGAAGACGGUCUUCUCCCGUGUGGCCCGCGUGUGUCAGAAUGACAUUGGCGGUCGUUUCCUGCUUGAAGACACAUGGACCACCUUCAUGAAGGCUCGACUCAACUGCUCCCGCUCUGGAGAUGUUCCCUUCUACUACCAUGAGCUGCAGAGCACCUUCUACCUCCCUGAGCAAGACCUCAUCUACGGAGUCUUCACCACCAACGUGAACAGCAUUGCAGCAUCAGCAGUGUGCGCGUUUAACCUCAGUGCCAUCACGCAGGCCUUUAACGGACCCUUUCGCUAUCAGGAGAACCCUCGGACCAGCUGGCUUUCCACUCCCAACCCCAUCCCAAAUUUUCAGUGCGGGACAGUGAAUGAUUCGGGUCCGGGCGGUAAUCUAACAGAACGCAGUCUUCAAGACGCCCAGCGGCUCUUUCUCAUGAGCGAGGUGGUUCAGCCCAUCUCCACGGAUCCUCUGGUCAUGCAAGACAACAUUCGUUUCUCCAGACUGGCUGUGGACAUUGUUCAGGGGAGAGACACGCUCUACCAUGUCAUGUACAUCGGCACAGAGUACGGCACCAUCAUCAAGGCCUUAUCCACAACUAAUAAGAGUCUGCGUGGAUGUUACUUGGAGGAGAUGAACAUUCUCCCAGAAAACAUGCAGGAGCCAAUCCUGAACCUGCAGAUUCUGCACAGCGAUAGGUCGCUUUUCGUGGGACUUCCCAGCAGAGUCCUGAAGAUCCCUCUGGAGAGAUGCUCCAACUACAGAACCGAACAGGAUUGUCUGGGUGCCAGGGAUCCGUACUGCGGCUGGGACCGGAAACAGAAGCACUGUACGACGAUUGAGGACAGUUCCAACAUGAGCCAGUGGAGCCAAGACAUCACAAAGUGCCCUGAGCGUAACCUCACCCAAGAUGGUGGAUUCGGCCAGUGGUCGGCGUGGCAGGCUUGUAACCAUGACGACGGAGGGGAAGGCACCAGCACAUGCCAGUGUCGCACUCGAGCCUGCGAUAACCCUCGACCCCAGUGCGGAGGGAUGAAGUGUGUCGGGGCCAACAUCGAAGUGGCCAACUGCUCCAGGAAUGGAGGCUGGACUCCCUGGUCGUCCUGGGCCGAGUGCAGCACCAGCUGUGGCAUUGGAUUUGAGGUCCGUCAGCGAUCCUGCAACAACCCAGCGCCUCGGCACGGAGGACGCGUGUGUGUGGGUCAAGCUCGAGAGGAGAGAUUGUGUAAUGAAAAGAAUCCGUGUCCUGUUCCGGUGUCCUGGGUCUCCUGGAGCGCUUGGUCCAAAUGUAGUGUUGCCUGCGGUGGUGGAGUCCAAUCCCGGGUUCGGACCUGUGAGAACGGAAACACGUGUCCUGGCUGCCCUCUGGUAUGGACUAUUAUAUAUAUAUUAAAUAAAAAUACUAAUAUCAGAAAGAGAUGUAAAAACUAUGUGUGUUACUGUAUCCAGGAGUAUAAGGCGUGUAAUUUGGACUCGUGUGCUGAAGUGAGGCGGACCACCCCGUGGACACCCUGGUACCCCGUUAAUGUGACUCAGAUGGGGGCAAGACAGGAGCAGAGGGUCAGGUACACCUGCAGAGCUCUCCUCGCUGACCCUCACGACCUUCAGCUCGGCAAACGCAAGAUAGAGACUCGCCUCUGUCCAACCAGUGACGGAGCUGCUGCCUGCGAGACUGAUGGUUUAGUUGAGGACCUGUUGAGAAUGGGUCGACCUGUGACACGAGUGCAAGGAGCAGCCUGGGCAUCAUGGGAAACGUGGUCCGCUUGCUCCAAAGAGUGCUCCAAAGGCUUCCGCACGCGCAAGCGCUCCUGCUCCACGCCGGAUGGCAAGAGCACACCGUUCGCCUGCAGCGGAGCGCCGGUCGAGUACCAGGACUGCAACACUCAGCCGUGCCCAGUUAAGGGGGCGUGGUCAUGCUGGUCUUCCUGGUCUCAAUGUUCUACUUCCUGUGGCGGCGGUCACUACCAGCGCUCUCGUUCCUGCUCUAACCCUUCUCCUGCUCAUUCUGGAGACAUCUGCAUUGGCCUGCACACGGAGGAAGCGCUCUGUAACACACACGAGUGUGAAGGUGGGUGGGGGGCGUGGUCAGAGUGGGCGGAGUGUAACGAGGAGGGGCUGCAGCUCCGGAUUCGUACAUGUGAAAUAAGUUCCACCUCCUGCCAAGGAAACUCCACAGAUCACAGACAGUGUCGGCCCAAUGAGAGUGCUGUGCUGUCAAAGGGACAGAAGAGGAACACGAACUGUGGAGGGUUUUCUCUGUUCCAUUUGGUGCUGACUGGAGCGUGCUGCUUUCUGGGAGCCAUCUUGUUGUCCGUCCUGGUGUAUGUGUACUGUCAGAGACUCCGCAAACCCCCUCAAGAAUCCGCAGUCAUCCAUCCCAGCACCCCCAACCACCUACACUAUAAAGAGAACAGCUGUGCACCCAAGAACGACUUAUACACACCCAUGGAGUUCAAGACUCUGAAUAAGAAUAACCUGCUUCCACCGGAUGAAAGCUGCAACUUCUUCCCAUCAGCCUUACCGCAGACCAACGUCUACGCCACCACAUACUACCCGUCUCCUCUGGGCAAAUACGACUUCCCCUCCAUGGAUUCACCCUGCAGCUACAUGCACAGCUGAUGCACGCGCACACAUCUCGGACCACGGUUACGCACCCUCAUCCGUCCAUGCAGACGCAUCGGGAAAAGGCUGAGCGGAGAUUCUGCAACGAUGCAGGAAAAUUGCAAAGGAGCGAUGUUCGGAUAAGAUGGGCCCAUGUAGUUUACUUGUAGCAUUUCCUUUCCUAAAUGUCAUUUCAACCUGGAAGUCACGGGUUCAGCUGCUCAAAGGCCGACACUCACAAAGCAUGCACGCUUCUCACAAUGCAAGAGGAAUUCUGGGAGUUUAAGUUUAAAACUGAAUUGUGACGUACUACUUUAUGUGCUGGCGUCUUUGUGUUGUUUUUCAGAAUCAUGCUCGAGUCUUAAAGCAUGAAGGCUCCCGGGAAGCUGCGACGUCUCGCUGUGAACCCGAAUCGUUUUUUUCCCGGUUUACGUCUUUUUCUGCUCCAGAACUCCAAGAACUAGAAGACUGGGAUGAUUGGUGAUGCCGCUGGUUAACAUCAGUGAUGUACGGAUGAACUCACGAAAGAGACAGAGCUCGUGGAUGUAUGGCCGUCACACACCGUUACUAUGGAGAUGGAGAUGGCUCUCAGACACUUUAAAGGGAACGUUCACCCAGAUACGACAGAUAUGAUCGUUUACUCUACUUUUUGUUAUUACAAACGUACGACUUUUCUAAAGGCAAAACACCACGGGCAAAUAUAGCAAAAAAUAAUCACUAAUUUGCAUAUAUUUGAGUUUCAAAAUUAUCACUCAACGAAUCAUAAAAUGCUUUCAACAUCAGAGCAAAAAAAAAAACGUUUUUAGGAGGACCAUAAAUGAUAUACGAACAAAACCCUCCGUAUAAACCUACAGAAUAUAGAAAACAAAAUUUAGUUGAUGAUUGAAGAUGUUUUGAAAGAUGUUCAUGCUGCUCUUUUUUCCUACAGUGAAGGAUCGGGGCCAGUCAAGCUCACAAAUACACAAAACCAUGCUAUAAAAGUCAUCCAGAGGACUUAUGCAGUAUAGUUCCGUGCAUAUUCCAUGCAAUAGUUUUAAACGAGACGCUGAUAUUUCAGUCGCCUGCUUAAAUUCAGAUUCACAUAUUCAGACUUUUUCAAACAAGAUUUAGCAAAAGAGAGUUUCUGCCAAACCUCUUUUUUCUGUGUUUAAUGGAGACACGGCAGUCUGAAAGCUCUGUGUGAGUGUUUAAAGGGAUGUAUGUUUGUAAGUAUGUGUAUAUUUGUAGCUGGCAUUAUAUAUUUAUACACAAAUAAUGUUUUUUUUUGUUGUUGUUGAUGGAAUCGGGUAUUUUUUUCCUCGCUAUAUCAUCACUGAGAGCAGCGGCUGUUUCAGAGCUACACUUGUUUCUUGCUUUAGCAGUUUUGUUUUUUUCUGUCUGGGAUUGUGUACAGUACAUGUUUAAUGAAAAUGUUUUAUGAAAUAUUUUAAGCUAAUUCUUUCCAGCGAGCCCAUACGAUCUUCGGUCGAGGUGUUAGAUGAGCGGGACGCUUGCUGAUGAUGCUUUUUUACGCUGAUGUUGCAUGGAUGCUGCAUUAUCUGAAUGCAGACGGUUCUCUAUGCAAUAAUAAAAAAAAAAAAAAAAAUGGUUUUCCAACACAUGAUCACUGCCUUUAUACACUGUGAACUUUUGCUAUGUUUUUAUAUGUUGUACAUUGUAAAAAUUAAUAAAUAUCCAGCUGGGUGUCAAAACACCACAAUUUA